UGGACAUUGAGCACAGAACCCCCAAUAUUCUUUUUUUCUCUUCGCCUGUGUGUGCUGGGGAUGUGUGUUUUGUUACAAAAGGUGUGUGAUCAGGCCCAGACAAUGCUGCAGAUGAGAAGAGAAUUAAAGAUUGCAGAGGAAGAUCUAAGGAAAGUGAAAGAUGAGCUGACGGAGAGAGACAGAGAGGUGAGCAGCCUGAACGGAGAGCUCCAGAACCUGCAGGAAGGUCUAAGAAACCUGCAAGCCCUCAGGAACAAGCAGGAGAGAACUGUGGAGGAGCUCCAGAAUGAGAGGGAGAAGAACGAAGCUCAGUGUCAGGAGCGAAGGGCAGGAUUCCAACUGCUGCAAGAAGAACUCAGUUCCUCUAAGCAGGCCCACCAAGCGCACCUCAAUGAGCUGAGAGAGAAAAUGCUACACCUUCAGCGGAAACUGGCGCUGUGCACAGAGGAGUUUCAGACUUCUUACUACUCACUCCUGCAGUACAGAUCCAUCCUGGAGAAGCAGACCUGUGACCUGCAACUCCUUCACCGGCGUUGUCUGAUGAAAGAAGAGGAGGUGACAUUUUAUGAAGAAAUGAUGGAGAAUCCUAAGGAAGAGCCCGGCGAGCUGCGGGGGAAGCCACAAGAAUCGCAGGGGCAACUCGGGGGAGCAGAGAGCAGCAAGAUCUGCUCCUUGGAGGACAGCGUGGUUCUGUACAAGAAGAAGUAUCAGACGGCUCUGACCAGAACAGGGCUGCUGGAAGGCAAGAUUAAGAGCUUGGAGGAGGAGCUCAUGGACGUAACUGGCCAGGGGAGCCUCCGGAACGGCACCGUCGCCCGGCUGCGCCGGGAGCUGGACGGCAAGAGCGACCAGCUGAAGAGAAGCGAGGAGGCCGCGGACCACCUCACCCAGGAGCUCCACGCGACCCUGAAGCACCUGGCCGUCAGCCGGCAGAGCGAGGCCGAAAAGACAGAGAUCAUCCAGGGACUUCAGAAUCAGCUAGCGGCCUCCGACGCUACGACUUGGGAGUUUGAGAAGAGGCUGUUACAACUGCAAGUGGACUUUGCCUCCUACAGAGUCACCCACAGAUUCUUCGAACGCAGCCCUGGCAACCAGACAGAAGAAGAGUCAGAGGAACUCCAGAAACUCAUGAAGGACAUACGGGAGGAGCUCACCAGGCAGAGCCAGCGGGCGGAAGGAUACCAGAGCUUAGUGCGGGACCUCAGAACGGAACUGGACAGAGCGACGGAACAGAAGAGAAACAUCGUGAAGGACAUAACGAAACAGGAGCUGGAGCUGCACGAGGUGCGAGAGAAGCUAGCGGCCCAGACGGAGAGGAAGCGGCUAGACCUGAGCCACCUCGAGCUGCACAUCCAGCAGCUGGCCCGCCGGCUCGGUGAGGUCCAGGAGCUCUGCCUGGAGAAGGAUCAGGCUCUUCGGAAGAGAAACGAUUCCCUCCGAAAGGCCGAGAGCGAAGUGCGGCGGCUCCAGGGUGACCUCCGGAAAAAGGAGCUGGAAGUGAAGAGGGAGCGGUCGCGGGCCAGAGACCUCGAAGCGGCCCUCCAGGAGGCGCAGGAGGAGAAGGAGAAGCGAGAGACGGAAAACUCUUCUCGGAUAUCGGAGAUCCAGCUGCUGAAGGAAGACCUGCAGGAGGCUCUCCGGAGCCACCAGCUAACCAGUCAGCAGCUGGCCAAACAAAAAGAGGGGGCCCCGUUGGCAGAACAGAACUGGCAGACUCUGCAGAAACAGCUGAGAGAUCGCACUGAAGAGGGACUGCAGCUGGAGCAGGCCGUGGACAGGCUGGAGGCCGAGGGCCGGACGCUCCGGGAAAAGAUGGCUAACAGAGAGGAAGAGUCGGAGCAAAACAGGAAGCUGAUUGAGCUCCUGAAGUCAGACCUGUCCCAGGCCAGACAGAAACAUCAGAGCGCAAUGCAGGAGUCAAUCCAGCACCAGCAGUCAGUGGCCACACUGCAGAUGGAGCUGGGGAGCAGCCAGGAGCAGAUGAAAAUCAUCCGGCAGCAGCUUCAGGAACAAGAAGCCGCCAAAAAGAACCUUCAGUGGGAGCUGGAGCAGGAGCGGACUCAGCAGAAGGCACUGCAGAGGACCCGAGACAGGGAGAAGGACCUGGGAAGAGAACUAGAAACCCUCCAGCUGAAGCUGCGAGAAAGUGAACAGACGGUGACCCAACGGGAGAAGGCCUUGCUCCGGCUCCAGGCCGAACUGAAUGAGGCCCGGGGACGAGAGAGGCAGAGCCUACAGAAUGUGGUGGGCGCCAAAGAGGCCAUCCAAGACAUAGCCAAGAAGGCAGCGUCUUACCAGGACAAUCUGAAGGGAGCCCUGGAGCAGCUGGAGGAGAAGGUCCGGGAGGCGGCUGAGCUGCGGGCGGAGCUGUUGCAGACCCGGCACGGGAAAGCGCGGCUGGAGGAGGAGACGGCGGCUUACGAGGAGCGGAUGAGAAGGCUCAACGGGGAGCUGAAAAAACUCCAAAGCGUCCACGAGCGGAGCGAGCACGAGGUCCAGGCCUUUGACAAGAGGAUGGGGGUGAUAAACACUCAGAUGCUGCACUGGCAGAAGUUGCACGGGGAAGACCUGCAGAAUCUGGCGGAUAAGGAGGAGGAAAUUGUCGUGUGCAAGGUGGAAAUGGCCUCCUUGAAAGAGAAGCUACACGCUAGAGAGGAAGAGGUGAAAGCGCUGACGACCUCUCUAGGGACCGCGCGGACAGACAGCCAGAGGCUUCAUCGGGAGAUCGGGCUGGUGGUGACCAACGUCUAUCAGUGGGCGAAAGGACAGAAAGAGGCCAAUGAAAACCUGGGUCAGAAGGUCCUCACGCAAACCGAACACAUCGCCCAGCUGUCCCGUGAAAAGGACCAUCUCCUCGGGACGAUGACCCAGCUGCGGCACGAGAACAAGACGUUGAGGAGCGAAGUGGAAGAGAAGCGGAUGGAGGCUGAACGGUCGAGGGUUCUCCGCUAUAGCGACUUGGCUCCCUGCCCGGAGCAGCAGCAUCAGCCCCAACUCCUAGGAGAGGAAUGAGCGCCCACGGCCUCGUCUGGCCUUCAAUCGGACCGUUCACCCAAACCCGGCGCCGGCCAAGGACCCGGCCUACUCUGUGCUCCCUCCACGGUGCGGUCCGGUCCCGUCCGCGCACCACGGCCAAGGAAGGAGCCUCGGGACCGCCCCGGCGGCCCCGGAGCUGGCUCUGUGGGGCCCGAACUUUUCCAUUAAAGCAAUAUUUAGGAGGGCCGGG